AUGAAUGAAAAGACGGACGGCAAAAAAACAAGAAGAGUGGCCAACGGGCAACUAAGACACGAAGAGAAAAUAGCAAAGGUCCCAAUUGAGAACAUGUUCUACAAAGACUUGCCUCCUGCAUUUGUAUCAAUAGUAGGGCCCUCAGGAAGUGGGAAGAGCACUCUAAUGAGGUCGAUGGUGAAAUACUUUACCCAUCAACUUUUGGACAGGCCGAGGGGUCCUGUGACACUGUCUUCAUCCAAAACAAAGAGAAUCACAUUGUUUGAGUCGAGAGUGGAUAUCCACCAGUUUGUUGAUGUAUCCAAGAUAUCGGACUUGGUAAUUUUUACCAUCAACAGUAUGGCAGGAUUGGAAAUGGAGACUUUUGAGUUUCUCACUCUUCUGAUGUCUCAUGGGCUUUCGAAGAUUUUAUGUGUUGUGACGAAUACCGAUAACUGCAGAAACCCGAAGUACUUGAAGUCUAUCAAAAAAAGAAUAUGGGAGGAGAUAUGUCCUGGAAUCAAGUUCUUCUAUGUGGGGAAUGUCGAAGGAGGAAGAUAUACAGAUGCUGAUCUGCUAAAGCUUUGUAGAACUGUUGGAGUGAUGAAGUACAGGCCCAUAGAGUGGAAGUGCAUGCAUCCCCAUGUUAUUGCCGACAGGGUGGACGGGAUGUUUGUCUAUGGAUAUGUAAGAGGAGGCCUUAUGAAGAAGGACAUGGAUAUUCAUAUUCCCGGCCUUGGGGACAAUCGAGUAGCCGAGAUGGAAGUUCUAGCAGAUCCUGUUCCGAGCCAGGGAGAAAACAAACUUUCUUUAAGGUCCAAGAUUCUGUAUUCUCCAAUGUCCGAGGUAGUGGAAAGCAAGAGAGAAGACGACGAGAAGGAAAACAAAGUAAAGAUUGAAAUUGAUUCGGAUAUGGAGAUUAAGAUUUUCAAGGGAGGCAAAAGCGUUGGAAAGGAAGUGGAUGUGGAUGAGGAGGACUCCAUUUCAAGUAAGGACGAAGAAGAGGACUUGGAAAAAAAGUGCAUUGAAGAAGAUGAGUCGAACUUCAGCUUGUCGGAGCUGAAGGAAAUGACUUCAAAUAGAUUUGAAAAAGAAGCAGUCACCGAAGAGGAGCUUGUCGAAAAAUUUAAUAAGGGAUACGAAGAGAAGGAGAAAGAAAAAGGAAACAUUCUCCUCCGAGAAAAAAGAAGGCUUGAAGAAGAAAUGAAGAGAAACUCGGAGAUGAUGGUUCCUGGGGUGGUUGUUCCUGGAAAGUAUGUCAAAAUUAGAUUGUCGACCCAUAUUUCGCAAUUGAUUGAUUUUAGCAAUGUUAUUGUCCUUGGAAGUUUUCUUGUUGCAGAAAAGGAAACGAACAUAAUCCAAGGAAAAAUAAAAAGAUACAAGUGGUACAAGAAGAUUCUGAAGACAAACGAACCGGCAAUUUUCUCUGUUGGAUGGAAAAGAUUCCAGUGUGUUCCUGUUUUUAGUAUGAAGGAUGCAACUAGGAACAGGGUGAUAAAGUAUACUCCCGAGUCGAUGCAUUGCAAUGUUUCCUUCUAUGGGCCUGUUGUUCCAGCAGGAACUGGAUUUUCUGUAUACAGUGAGAAGGGAGACUUCAGGGUGCUGGCACUUGGGACAGUGACGGAUGUCAACGGAGACGCAAAGCUGGUCAAGAAGUUGAAGCUAGUUGGGUAUCCUAAACAGAUUGUGCAGAAUACAGUGUUUGUUCAGGACAUGUUUACUUCUGAUCUUGAAGUGCUGAAGUUUCAGGGAGCAUCACUUAAGGCUGUGAGUGGGCUUAGAGGGCAAAUAAAGGAGCCCCGGGGUAAGAACGGGGAGUACCGAGCUACAUUUGAAGGAAGGAUGCUGAUGAGUGACAUAAUAACAUUGAGAUGCUUUGUUCCUGCCGAGGUGCACAAAAUUUUCAUUCCGGUCAACAACUUGGAGACCAGCUGGAGAGGACUUCGUAGAUUACACGAGAUAAGAGAGUCCUUAGGGCUCAUACACAACUACGGCCCUGAAGAGUCUUCUUCGGGAGACGAAGAGUGUGUUGUUCCCGAGGAGGACUACAGCCUUCCUCAAAAGAUCGAAAGCCAGCUUCCAUUUGAUAGAAGGAGCAUUCCUGUUGUAAGCCAAAAGAUUGAACUGCCGAUUCCUCCUGACUACAAAGAGAAACAUGAAAUUAGAAACAGCAUUAUGAGGGAGAGGAUGAAAAAGGAUAAAGAGGAAGCAGAGAAAGAAGAGAAUGCUCGACGGAUGAAAGAAGAGAGCUUGAGGAAGAAAGAAAAAGAAAGAGAACAGAGAAUCAAAAAAACCAUACAUGACAACCAUAAAGACAUGAUGAAGAAGAGAUACAAGAAAAAAAGAUGA